AUGGCGGUGAUGAUACUCGACUGGGAUGUUCACCAUGGCAAUGGUACUCAGCACAUGUUUGAAGACGAUCCCAGCGUCCUGUACAUCUCCCUCCAUCGCUACGACAAUGGGACUUUCUUCCCCACCUCGGAGGAUGCGGACUACGACCGGGUGGGCCGCGGGUCCGGCGAGGGCUUCACCGUGAACGUGCCUUGGAACUGUCCCCGCAUGGGAGACAUGGAGUACCUGGCUGCCUUCCACCAGAUCGUCAUGCCCGUCAGCUACGAGUUCAAUCCAGAGCUGGUCCUGGUCUCUGCUGGUUUUGAUGCUGCUCGGGGAGACCCGCUGGGCGGCUGCCUCGUGACGCCGGAAUGCUACGCACACAUGACCCACCUCCUCUCGGGGCUGGCCGGCGGCAAGUUGGCCCUUGUGCUGGAAGGCGGCUACAACCUAGAGUCCAUCUCUGAGUCCAUGGCCAUGUGCACCCGGAGCCUCCUGGGGGAUCCGCCACCCACACUGGGGAGACUCAAGGCCCCCCACCCCAGCGCCCUGCAAUCUCUGGCCCGUGUGGUCGCCGUCCACCGCAAGUAUUGGGCAAGCCUCCGCCUGGAAGUGCCUGUCUUUGUGCCGGAACGGCCCAGGACCCGGGCUGGGAAGGGAACCCCCAUUCCGGGAUACACCCCUACGGAGGGCACCCCUGAGCAGCUCGCAAGCCCGGCGGCUGAGCCCCUGGAGGCAGUGGACGAUGCGAUCGUAGCUUUAAGCUCCCUCCACCUGGAAGAUGAUAACCCUGCAGAGGCGGGCGAGACAGCUCCCGGUCCCCACUCCCCCGACUCCAGCCCUGAAGGCGGGGCUAGACGGAAGGGCCGGGUCUCUCCCGGAGGAGUAGAGCUGGCAGGGGACAGCCAGUCAGAAAGCAUGUCGACCAGCUCUCCUGAAGGGACCGGCCAGUCAGGAAGCCCAUCAGCAGCCUCUUCUGAAGGGGCAGAGCCAGCAAAGGGUAGCCAGAGAGGAAGUUCAUCGACAGGGAGUUCCUCUGGUGAAGUGGAGACACCUGCCAAAGAGACAAAGGCAAGCCGGCCAGAUUCAUCCUCCAUGUCAAUUGAGGUCAUUCUGCUCGACGAAGCAGCAGGGGGUUGUUCUCCCUCCUGUGAGCUGCUUGGCGAAGAUCCAUCGGAUGGGGGGCUGUUCUAUGCCGUGACUCCCCUCCCGUGGUGCCCCCACCUCGACGCUGUGCUCCCUGUGCCUCCCGCUGGCCUGAACGUGCUGGAGCCCUGUGUGGCGUGCGGCAGCCAGGCCGAGAACUGGGUCUGUCUGAUUUGUUAUAAGGUGUGCUGCAGCCGCUACAUUAAUCAGCACAUGGUGGCCCACAACUCAGAAUCGGGGCAUCCGCUGGUGCUCAGCUUUGAGGACCUCUCCGUCUGGUGCUACGGGUGCCAAGCCUACAUCCACCACCCGACUCUCCUCGACGCCAAGAGCCACGCUCACCGGGAGAAGUUUGGCAUCAGCCUGCCCGUAGCGGUCUGAGGGGCGACUCCUCGGCCCGGAGAUACCAAACACGACUGCAGCACAAUCGACCGUCCCAUCGUUUGACCUCAACGAAUUGGCGCCCUGACAAUUCCGGGGCUCUUGCCGUGCCAAAAAGUCGACAACCACCAGCAGCCACGAGUCCAGCACCAACAACCACGCUGCUUCCACUGAGCCCAAGACCACUGUCCGUCCCCCCGAUGCCCCAGUUCACAUUCCAACAUCAGGCAAUACCAAAUCGGCCGCCGUGGAAACCACUUCCAGUCACAGGCUGUAUUUUGCUUCUCCCCGUGUUGAAGCAGCGCUCUUUCCAGAGGGGCUAAAUUGCCCGUUCCUGCUCAUACUUGACUUCCAGUGCCUGGUGGCAGCUCUUCCUUUCCUCCAUUCCCCCCACCCGUGACUGUCUCUUUCACUCAAGCACUCCCUCCCAGUAUGACAGUGACUGUUCUCAGCCGGAGGAAACCAGGCAGAGUUAUGAGAGUGCGGAACGGGGGAUUAACUGCCACCCAUUACUAUGUCAAGAACGAUCCCCAACUAAUUGGGUUGGGGGGUCAGGGAACCUGCCUUGGGCAAGCGGAUUUCCUUCCCACACUGCAAAUAAGCCGGCUGUAAGAGGUUGAAAUACGGGAAACCAUUUUCUGCAGAAGAAUAGGGUUCUCUAAACUGGGGGGUUACUACCGCUAAGUAUGUGUAUAUAUCUAUAUCUAUAUCAUUGGUGGCAGUUUUUGCUUUCUUUGUUCAAAGGUACCGUGGUGUUUGUUCCUGCACAUAGCAGGAAGCGUGCAUAUUUCUGGGAAGACGGAGGGUCCGAAAGACGCGCCGCCCCUCCGAGUUGACAAUCCGCAAUUCUGAGGCUUAGAUGCUCACAUGUUUCCCUGCCAAUUAAUGUGGGAUCCAAACCAGGCCGAGGUUGAGGAGCAGUUCCGUGUCUGCUAUGUCACCGGACAGGUGGUCGCACUGACAUGUUUAAAAUGGCCCCCUCCUGCUAAGGAGCCGUUUCAGGCCCAGGCAAAAUCCUCACGUAGCUUGGUGUGGCGACAGCAUCUAUGCCAGAAGAGAAUGGGGAGACCUCGGGCCCGGUCGCCGCCUCCACACCCCAGGCGUCAUCGAGAGCUGCUCAGCUGAGCGGGCCUGGCCCUUCCAAACAGGAAGCGGGACGAGUCGGGGAAGGGGGCGUUUAUCAGCACUUCGUUUCCACAGUUUUCCUGGUCAGUUCUUUGAUCCCCCCCACCCCCAAAGAGACAGGGAGGGUCGGUGUUGAAUCGAAGGCCUCGGAGUUCCUGAGUGUCUUCUUCUGGGCUGAAGUGGCGUGACAGCCACCUUUCCGUAGCUUCCUGCCCCCCACGGAUCAUUUUCUCCUCUCUCUUAACUUGACGGAACAGAGGGACUGAAUGGGGACAAGGCCAAUUUUGUCCUCCCUCUACCCAAAAGAGGAGGAGUUGGAAAGGGCUACGAGUGGGCAGGGAGUCGCUGGAACCCGAUUAGAGGUGGGUCGCGUGGCCAGGGCUGGCCCUGGUGGCACGUGUGUGUGUGUGGAGAUAGUAGAUGGAACCAGUAUAAGAACAGUGGUAGAUACUGAACGGGGGGGGAUCAUUACAUUAUAACCUCCU